AUAGGAAGCCAGUACCGGGUGUCCGAGGGGCGCGGGGCGCGGAGAGAACGAACCGUCAGUUACUCAGUUGAGCGCUGACGCUUGUCUGCGAAGGACGUAGGUUGACGAUUUCUUAUCGAAAAAAAUACAAAAAUGACUAACUGCGUUGUCAAAUCUUGCAAAAAUAAUUCAGCGAACGUUAGCAAGGAAUCCGGUAUCACAUUUCACAAAUUCCCAAAAGAAAUCAGCUUGAAAUAUAACUGGAUUAAAAUUAUUCGAGUUAGCAGAAAUGAAGCAUUAUGGCUACCAAAAACAUCCAGUUCAAUAUGUUCUGUUCACUUCAAAAAAGAAAAUUUUUAUACGAUACCAGGCGGCGUGCGAUGUCGUCUCAUCGAAAACGCAAUACCUACAUUGAAUUUGUGUGAUGACACACCUGUACCUGGACCUGGCGAUGAUGGAGCCGAUGAAACUACAACUGAUCCUUUAGACCCUCAAAAAGAUGGCGAUGUAGAUCUAAUAUGCUUAGCGGCUGAAUGCUGUCGUUACAAAAAUGAGAUAAAAAGGAAGAAUGAACAGUUAAAAAUAUGUAAAACAAAAAUUAAGAUACUGCACCAAAAAGUGCGCCGAAUUCAAAAGAGGAACCUGAAACUGAAAGAUGUUUUGAAAGAGAUUAAAAGUCAGAAAUUGAUUGAUAAAACUGUUUUCAGGCAUCUAACUGCUGGUUUGGGCAAAGCUGAUGCUUGUAAUUAAUAAGGGGUUUCAAAUUAUUUAAAUCAUCACCGUCUUCAUUGCCGGUUCACUGCCUAGCACAAGUCUUCUCUUAAAAUGAAAAGAGUUUAAUGAAUGAAAACAUCGUGAGAAAAACUCCAUAAUACCCUCAAAGGUGUGUUAAGUCUGCCAAUUGGCACUCGCGCAGCGUGGUGAACUAUGGCCAGACCAUUCUAAAAAGAGAUCUGUGCUCAGUAAUGAGCCGGCGAUGGUUUGGCUGUAAGCUCCUGGUCAGUACGCACAUUUAAGAUCCUGUCACCUGUCUGUUUGUUCUGCUCAGAAAUGCGAUAUUUUGAGUACCUAUCGUUUCAAUUGCGUAAGUCAUCAAAC